GUUAACGCCUUACUCUUUCAAUGGAGUUUCGUCAGGCAGACUCUGUCCGUUUCCAUCACUGGUCGCGGCCUUGACUACUGGAGGUAUUGCAUUUCGGAAUGCUAUCGGGUUCAGAAUGGCGGAUUCCGAUGCCAAACCCCAUGAUGACCAGAUACACGAUACGGAGCCAUCCCCAACCUCAGGUAAUAAACGGCGGAAACGCGCUGUGAGGGCCUGCGAUGAUUGUCGCUUCCGCAAGAUCAAAUGUGAUGGUCUCUCGCCUUGUGAACCUUGCCGCCAGGGAGGACGAAUUUGUACAUACACCUCAACAGUCUCGCGCAACACUGAUCCGCGUCUGAGAGCCAGAGUCCUUGAGGAUCGGCUCCGUGUUGUCCGGGCAAAAUUGGAACAGAUCAAGCUUGGGAAUCUCUCGCUCGAAGAUGCAGACCUCGACACCGUCCUCAACACUCGCGACGGUGGCCUUCUGCCUUCCGACGACACCUUCAUCCAAGAAACCACCCCCACUGACGACCAAAACAAUGGCCCAAUGCUGGACAGCAUGAUGAGUCGCUAUGGCCGCGUGGAAUCUGGCGAUCCAUGGGCAGCCAAGUUCUACGGUGCACCUUCAGGUGCUGCAUUCCUCCACCGACUGCAUGAGUUUUUCGGAACCAGCAAUAGCCCUCCCAUCGCCUCAAAUGACUCGUCGCCAUCCGCCAUAUCUUUGCUAUUUGACGCUCCAUUGCCUACUGAUCGCUCUCUGGACGAUGCACCACCGAUUGAGCCCUUGCUACCUCACCGAACAACCGCUGCUGCUUUGAUCUCUGUUGUCUUUGCACAUGCAUACCCGAUCUUCUUGUUUCUCCACGAGCCGACCUUUCACGAGAUGGUCGACCGGAUCUACACCAAGGAUCCGGUCCAGUACGAUCGUGACGACCGUGCUUUCCUUCCACUGUUCUUCCUCGUCUUGGGCCUCGGGUAUCUCUUCAGUCAGUCCGAACAUCAGAAGCACGGGUGUCGACAGGCUGUUAGUCAGGCCAUGAGACACUACCUUGCGGCGCGCAAGAUGGUCGAUAUUACAGCUUGUCGAGACCUACGGUCACUCCAAAUUUUGUUGUGCUACACUCUAUUCCUGAUCUCAACGGCAAGAAUGGCCUCCGCUCAUGCCUUCCUUAGCCUGGCAUGCUCGUCUGCCCUAAGGUUAGGUCUACACCACCGGUCGACCCAUGACACUGCGCUCUCCCGGCGAGAUCGUGACACCAGAAGGAAAAUUUUCUGGACCAUCAUCAAGCUCGACAUGUAUCUGAGUGCAGUCUUGGGCUUGCCGGCACUGAUAGACCUGCGGGACGUCGACCCCGCCAUCGACUUGACCAUAAAUGAGGCCAUCCAUGAAGCGACCUCGGGCCUCCCGAAUCGAGAAGCCAUCCUGCUCGGCGGCUCGGCCAAACAUUUGGAAAUCAUGCGCAUAAUUUCCAAGGCCAUCAAAACACUCUAUCCGAUGCCCUCAACAGACAAUGACAUACCUAAUAAAAGUGGCAAUAUCUCCGUGAGUAUAAGAAGCCUUGAAGAAAUCGAGGCACAGUUUCGUGCUUGGGGUGAAAGCACCUCUGAGCUGUUGGCGAAAGGAGACGAUGGCUCCGCGGAUUUCGUGCGGCUGAAAUAUGAGUUGGAGAUGACGUCUUUCUUUGGUAAAAUCGUUCUCUACCGCCCUUUUCUACACUAUCUGGCCAAAUCGUCCGACGGGCGCCCGACGGCUCAGAAGGCGUCGCAGCGGGCGCUCGCGUGCAUCAGAAUUGCCUCGACGGCCAUUACUCGAUCCGAGGCUAUACAGCAGCUGGGUCUGCUGCGCCCAGCAUCAUGGACGUCGAUUUACACGACUUUCCUGUCUGUGGUCUGUCUGGUCUUCCUGAUCGCUACGAGGGAAGGCACGACAAAUCCAAUCGAGGCGUGGCGCAAGGCAGAGAGUGGCAUAUGCCUGCUAGCGUCGACCACAUGCCAUGAGACUGGUUCCAAGCAGUGUCUGGGCAUUUUGAAGGAACUUGUUCGUUGUCUGUCUCACACGGUGGACUUCGACAUCAAUGAGAUCGAGGCCACGACCAAGCGUGUCUGCUCCAUUCACAGUCCCAUCGAACAACUCGAAAUCCGUGCCGGGAGACCUGAGGCGCCCGGUCCUAUGCCACAAGCCUCCGCGUUCACGGGACCAGUUGAGGUACAGGGCCUUGUCGAUGAGGCCAUAGGUGUGCCCGGACCCUGGUCGAUGACGGGCUCGCAGUUACACUUCCGGGGUCAGCAACCCGCAACUAGUGUGCAGCAAGACGCCUUCCCAUACGAUCCAACCAUCUCACUUCCGGCGCUGAGCUUCCCUGCCAUGGACAGCAGUGUAUGGGAUCCAAGCGCGCAGGAUAUUAGCCGAGCGACGACUGCCACCACAGCUGUCAGUGAUGAACUGGUCGACGUUCCUACAUUACAGCAUUUCAGUUGGCCUCACGACGGGAUCACCGAGAAUUAUUUCAGUGAUAUGCUUGGAUCUACUGGGCUUGACAGAAGAUCUUAGACCGAGUUUCUUGCUGUCUGAACACUAUCACGCGAUUGUUCCAAAAUGCUUGGUCGCAAAUGUGUAUUGAAUAUCGUACAAGGCGGAACUUGCAGCGCAAUGUCUUCCAAGAACUACAACUUCGCUUGGAGAGUUCUGCAGACCUGUUAGGAGUAAUGACAGGGUCAGCAUUUUUAAGUUGCCUUCGCCUCGCGCCUUGUCAACUGUAUCAGCCAAGGCUGAAAUAAGAACAGAACUGAUUUCAAAAAGCCGAAACGUCAUUCUGCACGGCAGGGGUGGCUUCGUUUGAUAUUUUUAGGUUCUCGUCGAGCCAGAAGUUGUCGUUGCCAAUGGUGGUGGAGUCCGUGGGGAAAGCGGCCAUGCCGGCAGCGGCAGUGAGGUCUUUGACGUCAAGGGUGUCCAGGAGAUUUGCGGAAGGGCUGAAGCAAGUUGCAGCAAUGUCGGACAACUGGUCUGUCCAGCUUGACAUUAUCGGCCAAGUGUCGCUGCUCUGAGAGUCGCUUGAGUUGCGAGAGAUAGACGGGGGCUCAAAGGUAGUGUCGCAGAUCGAGAUGCCGCCCUCACUUGGGGAUGUGGUCUGUUUCGUUG